AGUUAAAUUUACCGAGCAAGGUGAAAUUGUACUGACAAUUGCAAUACAACCAAGAACAGCCAUUGGGGAAAACGAACAGAAUCCUAGCCACAAUACAAUUAUUAAAAAGGAAGCUUUGUUAAUUGAAUUACUUGAUACUGGAAUUGGCAUGAAUCCAGAGUAUAUACAACAUGCUUGGAAAAGCUUUUCACAAGGUGACAUGUCAAUAACCAAAAGACAGGAUGGUACAGGACUUGGACUCUCAAUUUGUAAAAGUUUAGUAGAAAUUAACGGAGGAGAAAUUAAUGCAGCAAGUCAAUUAGGCAAAGGGAGUAAAUUUUGGUUUACAUGGAAUAUCGAAUUAUUAUCAGCUAUGCCAACUAUUUUAAAAUUUCCCACUCUUUCAUCAUUGGAGGCAGAAUUUAAUAAACAAAUAAUAUUCAUGUUGCCUCAUACUUUAGGAAAAAAACGAAUACUAAUAAUUCAUCCAGUUGAUGGUGUUAGGAAUUCAAUAUUAAAAUACCUUAAAAGAAUCGAAAAAAUUGAUGCAUUCGAUACCCUUGAUAAAGGUAUUAGAGCAGCAAAAGUCCAUAAAGAAUUGAUUGGUCGACCUGCUUAUGAUAUAGUAUUCAUAGGUCUUUAUGAAAAUAACAAAGAAGAGGUCAUGAAUGCAGCAUUAGAGUUAAGAGAAUUAGAAAUAAAUAAUAAUAAUUUAGUAAUAACCUUUAUAGUAUCUCCGAAUAAUGAAGGAAAAGAGUUGGCAGAAAGUUUAAUUGAAAAAAUUGGAGGAAUAACUUUUGUUAUUUAUACUCCAAUUACAUGGAAAAAGUUGGUUAAUCAAUUUAUACAUUUGGAAAAAGGCGAUGCUAUUUAUAAAAAUAAAAGUUUGCACAUCGUUGAAAGUGUUCUGAAACAAGUACCAAAUUAUAGGCCUCGUAAAAUUAAGGAUGAAAAUCAAGAUAUAUAUAGAGAUAUAAUUUUGAGUGCCUCUAAGAGUAUAACAAGAAAUGUUACCAGGAGCAAAUGUAUUUUAUGUGUGGAUGGUAACUCUGUUAGUCUAGAGAACACACUGAAACAAGUCUCAAAACUUGGUUACUCAACAGUCUUUGCAACAAAUGGUCAGGAAGCAGUCAGAUUGAUUAAUUCAGAGUUUAAAAUAUUAAAUGAUGCAUAUUCAAGUUCAUCUAGUUCAGAUAUAAAUUCCUGCGGAAUUUCAUUAAUCCUGACAGAAUGUAAUUUACCAAUAAUGUCAGGAUUUGAUGUUUCACGAGCAAUUAGAGCAAUGGGACCACCAAUUUCAGACAUACCUAUUAUUGUUCUAACUACUUUAUCUAUGAAAGAAAUACAAGGUAAAUGUAUAGAAUCAGGAAUAAAUGAUUAUCUUGCGAAACCUCUGAAAACUGAUGAGCUUGAAAAAGCUCUAACUAAAUGGAUUG